GAAGAGUGUGGACUUUGGGAUAGAGAUGAGGCUCAAGACAGCGUAAGCAAUUUUUUAAAGUUAUGUCUGAAGCAAGAAGAAAAGACAAGGAAUAGGUUUAGUUUCAUCUCUGAUACACCGUUUCUUGUUAAAAUUGAUGGUUUUUUCUGCAGGCAUUUGCUUCCUGAAUGAUGGUCCCACUCAGCCAUCCACCUACACUUUCUACCAAGUCAAUUUAUACUGAUUCUUCGGGUCAGUUAAUCACUGGUACGUUUCCCCUCCCUGGUCAAGGAUCUUUUAUUAUACCCUAUCACAGAAUCGUAUUCCCUUCCUUAGUGCACUUCUCUCAACUGGUAAGUACCCCCAUUAAUGUAAUUACUUGAUAAAUACAUGCCUGCUUUUCCUCUUCCAGGGCCGAAAUUGUCCCUGGUUUUGCUCAUCAUUCUAUAGUAUAUAGCAGGAGUUCAAUAAACAGUUCUUAAAGCAACAUAUUUAACUUCCAUUUUGUUCCCAUCUCUUCACUCAGAGACUUUUCUUUGGAUUGGGAAGGGUAAAAUACCCGAAGACUUGAACUCCAAAAGAAACAAAAUGAUUUUAUGCAAACGUUUCUUCCUUAAAACUCAUUCAUUGGGCAAAUAUUCAUUUAGUCCCUGGCACUAUUUGGUAAUGGGAAUACAGGAGUGCAUAUGGCAGAUAAAGUUCUGUUGCUGCCCUUACCGAGUUUAGUGGGGGUGAGACGUGGUGUUAGUAAAUGCAUACUAUAUUGUCUGUAUUUAAAUCGAGUCCAAAUCUCCCGCUCUAAAUCCCGCCUUGGGAUGUUUCUUACAUCCCAAGAAACAGAGUAUUUUGAUGGGAUCGCUGAUGUUUCAGAAUGCAAAAGUAGCUCAGGGCGUUUGCAGUCGUGCAAGUCAACAAGGUAACAGUCUGAACCGAAAGCUGGGCUUCUCCGGGUCUCCUAACUCCAAAUCCAACUCCAAGCUUCUGCAGCUGCCACCUCCCGUAGACUUCUCAUUUCUUCCGCAUUCUCCUCUCACGACGGGUCUUCUUUGUUGUACUUAAUUUCCUAUGCAACAAGAUUUCAGCAUCACCAUCAGUCCCCCAAAGACCAAUUCUCACAGAGCCGAAGUUCCCACCAAGGGCGGUGGGUAAGGGUUACUAAAAUCAGCGUUUAUGAAUCCUGUCUCAAGUUGUCUCACCUGGGGUUCCGUAGAACAGUUUCUUCGUAAGAGGUCCUUCAGCGACAGCCGAGCUCGGAAAAAACGGGAACAAGGUGUCUUUUACAUUUCCUCAAAUACCGUGUAUGGUCUGAGGCGCAGGUCAGGUGUAUUUAAAUAUCCUUUAAACAGUACUCCCCCCGCCCCAAAAACUGACCUUGAAGGAACAAGUGAAACUCAUCCUGCUUUUUAUGUUUGCUAGGUUUGCCCGUUACACCCCUUCCCCCGCACCUACCAAGACAGGCAGCUGUCGGCCACCCUCCGGGGUCCUGAUUUUGAAAAGAGGAGUGGACCAAUCAUAUGUGGAGCGCUGUUUGGCGCUGCAGUUUGAGCCUGGGCUGAAACUGCGGGUGUGACGGCCGCCGUGGCUCCGGGUGUCUGCGGAGGAGGUGGGGGCGGAAGCAUGAGGCUAACGGCUUGGCUUCAGUGAGCGCACCGGGAUGUGCAGGCCGGGAGCUAGAGGCAGGCUGAUGGGGGAGGGGACGAGCAGCCUGUGAGACGGGGUGACUGCGGCGACCAGCCCGGGCGGGCACCGGGACUGGAAGAGUUGCCCGAGCAGCCGGCUGGUCCGGCGGCCAGGCUGGGGCGGGGACGAGCACCUAGUUGAGCCUGCUGGGGCUGGAGGAGCGAGAAGGGUCCUCUUCACAUUUCAGAGCGAACCAGACGGGGACAGUAAGGUUUGGAGGAAGGGGGAUCGUUGGAAGCAGCCGGAAGUGGUGAGAAUCUGGCAAUAGGCGAGAAACGGAAAGAAUCAAAAAGAAGCGAAGUCUAUGUGAGUAGCUGAAAGGAUUGGGUGACCAGAAAGAAGGUCGGUGUAAGUGAAGAAAGAGUGAGGUGUGGCUGGAUCAAAGGGCUAAGAGAAGAGGGUCUGUGUAAGUGGAUGUAAGUGAGGAUCAAGGAAAAGCCGUGGAAGUGGCCGGGGUUCGGGGCCGCAGGAGUGCCAGACGGGGCCGGAAGGCAGCGGAGCGGAGUUCAGAUUUGAGAGCGUUUGGAAAUUGGAAGACUUGGUGGCGAACGAGGGUCAGGACCUGCGUCCUGCCUCAGAGAGCGAUCGACGUGUCCGGAAUGUGGGAUCAGAGGCUGGUGAGGUUGGCCCUGUUGCAGCAUCUGCGGGCCUUCUAUGGUAUUAAGGUGAAGGGUGUCCGUGGGCAGUGCGACCGCAGGAGACACGAAACAGCAGCCACGGAAAUAGGGGGUAAAAUAUUUGGAGUACCCUUUAAUGCACUGCCCCAUUCUGCUGUACCAGAAUAUGGACACAUUCCAAGCUUUCUUGUCGAUGCUUGCACAUCUUUAGAAGAACAUAUUCAUACUGAAGGGCUUUUUCGGAAAUCAGGAUCUGUGAUUCGCCUAAAAGCGCUAAAGAAUAAACUGGAUAGUGGUGAAGGUUGCCUAUCUUCUGCACCUCCUUGUGAUGUUGCAGGACUUCUUAAGCAAUUUUUUAGGGAAUUGCCAGAGCCCAUUCUCCCAGCUGAUUUGCAUGAAGCACUUUUGAAAGCUCAACAGUUAGGCACAGAGGAAAAGAAUAAAGCUACACUGUUGCUCUCCUGUCUUCUGGCUGACCACACAGUUCAUGUAUUAAGAUACUUCUUUAACUUCCUCAGGAAUGUUUCUCUUAGAUCCAGUGAGAAUAAGAUGGAUAGCAGCAAUCUUGCAGUAAUAUUUGCACCAAAUCUUCUUCAGACAAAUGAAGGACAUGAAAAGAUGUCUUCUAACACAGAAAAAAAGCUACGAUUACAGGCUGCAGUAGUACAGACUCUUAUCGAUUAUGCAUCAGAUAUUGGGCGUGUACCAGAUUUUAUCCUGGAAAAGAUACCAGCUAUGUUGGGUAUUGAUGGUCUCUGUGCUACUCCAUCACUAGAAGGCUUUGAAGAAGGUGAAUAUGAAACUCCUGGUGAAUAUAAGAGGAAGAGAAGACAAAGUGUAGGAGAUUUUGUUAGUGGAGCACUAAAUAAAUUUAAAUCUAACAGAACACCUUCUAUUACACCUCAACAAGAAAGAAUUGCCCAGCUGUCUGUAUCACCGGUGAUUCUUACACCAAAUGCUAAACGUAAAUUGCCAGUAGAUUCUUCUCAUGGUUUCUCAAGUAAGAAAAGGAAGGCCAUCAAGCAUAAUUUUAACUUUGAGCUGUUGCCAAGUAAUCUCUUCAAUAGCAGUUCUACACCAGUAUCAGUUCACAUCGAUACAAACUCAGAAGGGUCAUCUCAGAGUUCACUCUCUCCUGUACCCAGUGGUGGAAACCAUUUGAUCACUGCAGGUGCGCCAAGGCGAAGUAAAAGAAUUGCAGACAAAAAAGUUCGCAGAGUAGAAUCAGGAAAAGCAGGCUGCUUUUCUCCUAAACUCAGCCAUAAAGAAAAGGUUCGAAGAUCUCUUCGUUUGAAAUUCAAUCUAGGGAAAAAUGGCAGAGAUGUAAAUGGAUGUUCUGGUGUCAGUAGAUAUGAAAGUGUUGGUCAGCGACUUGCAAAUCAACAAAGUUUAAAAAAUCGAAUUGAAUCUGUAAAAACAGGUUUGCUUUUUAGCCCAGAUGUUGAUGAAAAGUUACCAAAGAAAGGUUCACAAAAGAUCAGUAAGUCUGAGGAAAACUUACUAACUCCAGAGCGACUAGUUGGAACAAAUUACCGGAUGUCUUGGACAGGACCUAAUAAUUCAAGUUUUCAAGAAGUAGAUACAAAUGAAGCUUCUUCAAUGGUGGAAAAUCUUGAGGUAGAAAACUCUUUGGAGCCUGAUGUUAUGGUUGAAAAGUCACCUGCUACUUCUUGUGAACUCAUCCCUUCCAAUUUAAACAGUAAGCAUAAUAGCAACAUAACAAGUAGCCCUCUUAGUGGGGAUGAAAAUAACGUGACCAAAGAGACUUUGGUGAAAGUUCAGAAAGCAUUUUCUGAAUCUGGAAGUAAUCUUCAUGCAUUGAUGAAUGACAGGCAGUCAUCAGUACCUAAUGUGGGGAAAGUAAAAUUAACUGAACCAUCUUAUUUAGAAGAUAGCCCAGAGGAAAAUCUGUUUGAAACUAAUGAUUUGACUGUAGUAGAAUCAAAGGAGAAAUAUGAACACCACACUGGUAAAGGUGAAAAAUGUUUUUCAGAGAGGGACUUUUCACCCCUUAAAACUCAAACAUUUGAUAGAGAAGCAACUAUAAAAUGUUAUUCAACUCAGAUGAAGAUGGAACAUGAAAAAGACAUUCAUUCAAAUAUGCCAAAAGAUUAUUUAAGCAAGGAAGAAUUCCCCAGUGAUGAACAAAUAAAGAAACAGCAGUCCCCAAAGGUUAAACUGAAUGAUAAAUUAAAGGAGAAUGAGAAUAUGAUUGAAGGUAACUUACCAAAGUAUGCAGCACAUAGCAAGGACAAGACUAGAGCCUCUUUCUCACAGCAGAGUACAUGUGUUAUAACAAACUUGUCAAAACCUAGGCCUAUGAGAAUUGCUAAACAGCAGUCAUUGGAAACAUGUGAGAAAACAGUUUCUGAAAGUUUACAAAUGACAGAACAUAGAAAGGUUUCUGAUCACAUACAGUGGUUUAACAAGCUUUCUUUAAAUGAACCAAAUAGAACAAAAGUCAAGUCACCUCUUAAGUUUCAGCGUACUCCUGUUCGUCAGUCUGUCAGAAGAAUUAAUUCUUUGUUGGAGUAUAGCAGACAGCCUAUAGGGCAUAAGUUGGCGAGUCUUGGUGAUACAGCUUCUCCUCUGGUCAAAUCAGUGAGCUGUGACGGUGCUCUUUCCUCUUGUAUGGAAAGUACAUCAAACGAUUCCUCUGUUUCAUGUAUCGAAUCAGGUCCUAAAGAACGGAAGUCCAUGUCAUGUGAAGAGUCAAAUAUUGAUGCGAUUUCAAAGUCAAGCAUGGAGUUACCUUCGAAAUCUUUCUUAAAGAUGAAGAAGCACCCAGAUUCAGUGAAUGCUUCUCUUGGGUCUACUACAGUUUGUAAACAGAAGAUGUUAUCUGAUGGCCAAGUUAAGCUUCCCUUGGAUGAUCUGACUAAUCAUGAUAUAUUAAAACCGGUUGUAAAUAACAAUAUAGGCAUUUCUUCUGGGAUAAAUAACAGGGUCCUUAGGAGACCAUCAGAAAGAGAAAGGGCCUGGUACAAAGGUUCUCCAAAACAUCCUAUCGGAAAAACUCAAUUACUACCAACAAGUAAACCUGUAGACUUGUAAUUGGUAGAUGUUAUACUUGUCAUUAAUGUAAAUAAAGUGAGCAGUUGAUGGUAUGACUUGC